AUGACUACAUCUAAACUCUUCGAUACAAUAAACCUUGGGCGUAUGUACCUGUCCCAUCGCAUGGUAAUGGCGCCUAUGACCCGUUUCCGAGCGGACGGUGCACAUGUCCCUCUUCCUAUGGUCAAAGAAUAUUAUGAGCAGCGAGCAGAUGUUCCCAGUACUUUGAUCAUUACUGAAGCGACUUCCAUUUCUCCGCAGGCAGGGUUCACAAAUGUACCUGGUAUCUACAACCAGGCGCAGAUUGCCGCGUGGCGGCAGGUGACAGAUACUGUACACGCACGAGGAUCCUAUAUAUACCUACAAUUGUGGGCAUUGGGGUGUGCAGCUGAUGCUGAGGUCCUCAACGCUCAAUGCUAUGGAUUGGUGUCUAACAGUCCAUCCCCACUGGGCGGUGAUUCUCCCAUUCUCAGGGAGCUGGCCGAUGCUGAGAUUCGACAAUACAUUAGUGACGGAGGACAUGAUUCGAAGGGUGAAGUUUUCUCCGCUCUUUCUCGGCAUUACACGUGA